AUGGCCUGCAGUCUGCUGCGGCCGCAAGCCGAGGGAGACAGCACUGCGGAGGCAGAGCCCGGAAGCCCAGGCCCAUCUGACCGUCCACAACGAGAGGCCGUAUGGCUAAUGCCGAAGGACGCUCAACAUCUGGCAGCUAUUGGUGUACCAAAUAACCAACUUGUAGCUGACAGCGUGGAACGUGAACUAGUCGUAGGAACGGAAUUGGACCUAAACAGCAAUAACCAAGGACCGGCAACAGUAAGGACGGAACUGCGAAGUGGAAAAGUGUACCGCAAGCUGAAAGAACGUAUUUGCAGCCAUAUGAGAAAACGCAAGCGGAAAUACCAGGAUGAUGAGGAAAGCGAAGAGGGUUAA